AACUCUGGGGGGUCGUCUCUGAAGUCUCGUACUUUGUGGAUCCUGUAUCUUUUCAAUUGAUUUAAAUACCCUUUCUAGAUACACAGGCUGGAGUUACUUUAACACCGUUGUGAAUCGGAAAUGCCAAUCGCUUGAAAUUACGUCUACAGCGAUGAAAAUUAUUUUAGAAUGACCGUAAGAGCGAGUAGGAAUAUAGAAGAAGGAGAGGAUAUAACUCAUACUUAUGUGGACCCACUGGAUCCAGUACUCAUCAGACAGGAACUUCUUAAUUUGGGCAAAUUCUUCCACUGCCAGUGUCCAAGAUGUAGUGACCCUACCGAACUGAAAACAUACUCCAGUGCUAUGGUCUGCCCAAAAUGUAAAAAGGGUUACUUGUUACCAAGCGAUGUAACAAGUACAAGUGCUGACUGGAAAUGUAACAACUGUGAAGUCAAGAUGGAUCCUGUAAAAAUAUCAAGGGUUUCAAAUGCUGUGAAAGACCACGCCGAAAAACUUGAAUACAAUCCGAAGUCUCCAGAUGAAUGUAGUAUUCCAGCCCACGAAGCUUUUCUCCGCAAAUAUGGACAGGUACUGCACAGUAAUCACGUGAUCAUGAUAUCUGUAAAGUACAGCCUGGCUAAGAUGUACGGUAGAAUGCUAGGAUAUGAAGCAACAACACUUACAGAUGCCCAGUUGAAGCGCAAGCUUGAAUUAUGUGAGCAGGUGUUGGAUGUUUUCAACAUUAUUUUACCAGGAAAUAACAGGAUGAGAGGUGUUAUGUUGUAUGAACUACAUUUACCCCUCGUCAUGUUAGCGAACAGAAGCCUUGAUAAGGGUCCAGGAAGUGGAGUGAAUCCUAAAUCUAUCAAAGCAGGACUGAAAAAAGGACUGGAGUCCUUAAAAUCUGGGUUGGCCAUUCUUAAGCUGGAACCUGAGGGAAGUUUUGAGGCCAAAAUUGUUGAAGGAUCAAAAGACUCUGUAGCAGAACUAGAAGAUUGGGUGAACACAGUUAGCAAAGCUCUCUAAUUUAAUACUAAUUAUAAUAUUAUUUUAAAGGGACUGUACAACAAAUAAUUACAAUAGGAACCCCGCCAUUUAUUUUAAGAGGUGCAUGUCUGAUUCACAAUGCUAGCCUUAAAACCUUUAUCAGGGCACAAAGUUGUUCUAUCUUAAAAUAUAUAGAG